AGCUGAACAGAGUCACGGCCACACCGGAUGUCUCACAUGUCUGCCCUUCAAUUAAAAUCACACAACUGCAUCGGGAAUCUUAUGAAAAUCCAGCCGCACAGGCGCGUGACUUUAUUUUAAUUGGCAAAAGACUAGUCCUCUAAUAUACAUAGUUGAUAACACGGUUGUUGUUUUGUGUCUGAAGUGCCGUAGAACAUUCAGUGACACGCGUUUAUUUUGAAAGAAAAAAAAAAAAAAAGAAAAAAAAAACCGGAAACAAUAAUUUUAUUUCGGCUAACUUGACUUGGAAAAUGACAACGUAUGAUAUCCCAUUUAUGAAACAUCUAUCUAGAUCAACAUGCUUUCAGGUUACAUAUUUUUUAUUUAAUGUUUGUGCGCAGUUUUCUGUCAGUGCACCAGUUUCUCUGAGUGUCCCCCUCUCUAUAACCACAAGGGGUCGCUGUAGUAGGGCAUCUGGACAUUUGAUAAAUCCAGAUUGAUAUCACAUCCAAAAUAUUGUGUUUGUUACUUUCACGUUUGUCUGUUUCGUUGGUUUAAAUUAAGGCUUAUUUAAAAGCGGUAAAUAUUACAUUCAGCUUCCAUUCCAACCAGAUCUCAAUUGCCCGCUCAGUGGGACUAAACUAUCCUAAAUGGUAAAUUCAGUAAUUUUCAAAAAACAAGCCCCGCCUCUUCCGUCGAUGACGCAUGUACGCGGAAGUGCCGCUAAAUCUUGUUUCAAAACAUGUAGAGGCGUGAUCAUCAGACAGCUGAGAGAAGUUGAUUCUUAAUCCACUUUCCUGCUUAUAGUGAAAUGAUCGACUUCUGAAUUAAUGUUCGAUUAUUCGAAGGCGCAGAUAUAAUGGGACACAUCAUAGCUACGUAAUCUUACAGCUUUGUCAACUCACUUCAGAAGAGAGUUAAGAUCGUUUUAAAGUAGGUCACACUGCCCUAGAACGAAUCUUUCCCGAUUAGGAGUCCUUUCUGCAGGAUGGACAAUGGGGUUGCAUCCACCAAGGGAGAGGGCUUCCUCUCCAGAAUGGCCCUCAAUGACAACAAGGCUGGUAUGGAGGGUCUUGACAGGGACAAGAUCAACAAGAUCAUCAUGGAGUCAUCCAAGGGAUCAAGGUUUUAUGAGAAUGAGCUGAAGAGAGAGCAGCAGGUGAACCAGCGCAUUGAGAAAAUGAUGCUACAAAAGGCACAGGUCACAGAGCAGCAACUACAGAAAGCACAAGCUCAGGUAGACAGGAUGGCCUCGGCGGUGGAGAAGACCCGUGAUUUAAGCCGUGUGAUUGUGCAUGUGGACAUGGACGCUUUCUACGCGGCUGUGGAGAUGAGAGACUGCCCUGAGCUGAAGGACAAGCCCAUGGCUGUAGGAUCCAUGAGCAUGCUGUCAACAUCUAACUACCAUGCCAGGAAGUAUGGAGUCCGAGCUGCAAUGCCCGGGUUCAUUGCAAAAAAACUCUGCCCGAACUUGGUCAUUGUUCCAACUAACUUUGAUAAAUACAGAGCCGUGAGUGACGAGAUCCGGGAGAUUUUUGCAGACUAUGACCCUCACUUCCAGCCGAUGAGCCUGGAUGAAGCCUAUCUGGAUUUCACAGACCACCUGCACCAGAGACAGCACUGGCCAGAGUCCUCUCGUACACAUCGCUUGCGCGGCAGCAGCGCUACAACAGAUGAAGAGCAGUCUGAGCUUCCCCAGGGGGCAGUGCCAGAGGUGAAAGACCUCUCUCCCAUCCUGUUUGAGGACAGCCCGAGCUCCUCUCCCUGCUUGCCUGGCUCUGAUGGCAUCGCUGCUGCUCCUGGUUUUGGUGCUUUCGAGGUGUUUGGGACAUCUGUGGAGGAGGCCGUGAGAGAGAUGCGCUUCCGCAUUGAGCAGAAGACCACGCUGACUGCCAGUGCAGGCAUCGCUCCAAACAUGAUGCUUGCCAAGGUGUGCAGUGACAAGAACAAGCCCAACGGCCAGUACAGACUCCCCCCCACCAGAGCGGCAGUUAUGGACUUCAUCCAGAGUCUUCCAGUUCGCAAAGUUUCUGGCAUAGGGAAAGUGAGUGAGAAGAUGCUGAACGCUCUGGGCAUCAGUAGCUGUUCUCACCUUGGACAGCAGAUGGCGCUGCUGUCGUUGUUGUUCUCUGAGACCGCCUGGCAUCAUUUGAUGCAGGUUUCCCUGGGUCUGGGCUCCACAUAUAUACCAAGUCACGAAGAAAGAAAAAGCAUGAGCACAGAAAGGACAUUCAAAGAACUGAAUAAAGCGGAGGAACAAUUUUCUUUAUGCAGGGAGCUUUGUGGGGAUUUGGCAGAAGACAUGAAGAAAGAAGAUCUGAAGGGUAAAACGGUAACACUGAAGCUUAAGAAUGUGAAAUUUGAGGUGAAAACCAGGGCACUGACGCUGCCGUAUGCUGUGGCUACAGUGGAUGAGAUCUUUGCUGUUGCUAAGGACCUACUGAAGACAGAAAUGGAAAAUGAAAGCCCCCAGCCACUCAGACUGAGGCUCAUGGGUGUUCGACUUUCUGCUUUUGUCAGUUCGGAUGACAAAAAGCCUCUGCAGAAGAGCAUCAUUGGCUUUCUUCAACCAGGCAAGACAGACUCCAGUGGCUCUGUGCAAAGAAUGCAUCAAAAACCUGAGAAGGAGCAUCUCUGUAAUCAGCCCGUCCAAACUUGGACCGUUGCUUGUGUUCCUACAACGCAGACAUGUGAGAAACUGGAGGAAGUUCCGUGGCAGGGCAAGCAUAGGGGGUUAGAGGGAGGCCAGACUGGUGAGCAACCCCAACAGUCUUUCUUCCAAAGAGCCCAGACUAAAAGAUUGCAACUCAAGGCAGCAAAUUCAUGUACACAAGUGGAAGGACACGGGUUAAACACUUCCUCCAUAGGCUCUCGUGCUCAAAAUGGUGCAGAGUCUUCAGCAAGAGCCAUUGAGAGUAUCCCCUCAGAUCUGGCAGAAAAUGACUUUGUUGCCCAGGAAGAAGCCAAAGCAUCCACAUCAGGAUGUGGUGUCACAGCGUCGGAGAGCCUCACCUGUCCUGUGUGUUUCAGGCAGGUGGAGACGACUGAUUUGAAUGCCUUCAACGCACACAUAGACCAGUGUCUAAGUGAAUCUUCAAGACCGCCAAAUCCAAGCACAUCUCCGGAUUUGGACUUCGAGAAUGACCAUAAAGGAUGUAAGGUGGUGGGAAAAUGGAGGGAGGAGUGUGAGGCGGAAGAGGAGAAAGCAAAGAGGAGCGAAGAGUUGGAGGUGAACAGGUUCGAUCCUCGACUGCAUCCCCCCUCGAAAAAAGAUGAUUGUGCUCAAACAGCUUUUUCGAUCACUGACGACAAGACUGUGACCUCGCAACAGCCUCUGUCAUGUGGUGAAAAAGGCCCCGUCCUCACCUGCCCUGUGUGUCAGCUGACCCAGGACACACACGACCUCACCGUCUUCAAUCACCACGUUGACCUCUGCCUGAACCAGGAGGUCCUAAAUGAGCUGGGGGAACGGACGCCACCUUCCAUAAAUCCACCUGCAAACAGUAAGGCCCCAGAUAGAGGCCAUCUCCUGUUGAGGCAAGCGAGUAAAGGCAAAAACAAAAGACAGGACUCGCCUUCCUCUCCUCCUUCAAAGAGGGCCAAAGGCUUCGGCGCUCUCAACACCAUCGACAAGUUCUUCAGGUGACAUCAUCAUCAGGAGGAGCUGGUAAAGUUUUCUUCAGGAAAUGAAAAACUGCUCUUUCCAUUCCCUCGGUUUCACUGGGCGGAUUUUUAGUCAUGCUGUGGACUCUCCAGCUCAAACUGUCAUAUUCAAUAUCUCUUAAAUGCUGUAUCUGUAUUUAAAAUUGCUGAUUUAAGAAAGAAUGUUUUGCACUAAUAUGCCUUAUUGUUUAGUUUUUUUGUCAUACACAAAUGAAAGAUCGUUUGUUUUUAAUUCUGGCAAAUUAAAAGAGAUAUUUAUUGA